ACUAACACCGACCGACACAGCUUCUUUCUACUCGUCAUUGCGCCCAGCUCCAUCGAUAUUUUUCUUUUGGGACGAACUCACUCCAACAUCUCAGCAUUUCGGACGGCGCAACAAGAACCUCGAGGCGAGGACUCUUAAUACAACACGCUCAUUCUCUCCUGUUUCCCUCACCGGCAUCUGUACACUACAAGCAACAAACAUAGCCCAUUGACUUAAUACCGACCUCCCGCAUCCUCCAAAAACCGCAUCGCGAACCUAGACCUCGACCUCGACCUCAAAAUCGAAUCCGAACCUUGCAACGAGACAUCAUAAUGGCAACCACAAGACCCUUCCUCCGCCUCCCGGCCCCAUUACGAACCACCCUCACCUCUCGAACCCCAUCCACCCGCCGACCCUUCUUCAACCUCCCAAACCUAACCCCCCCAACAACCCCCCAAGUCCUGACAGCAACCCGCACAAUGCCCUACCCCUCCCCGCAACUCUACGACGUAAUCUCCGACGUGGACGCCUACCAGACCUUCGUCCCCUACUGCGCCGCCUCCCGCGUAACAUCCUGGUCCGCACCCGACCAAGCCAACGGCGGAAGACGCUACCCGACACAAGCAGACCUCCGCGUAGGCUGGGGCGGCUUCGAGGAGACCUUCACGAGCAGACUCCACUGCGUGCCGGGGGAGAGCGUCGAGGCCAUCAGCGGCGCGGACGUGGAGGGCGCGAGCCCGGGCAAUGGGGGCGAGGGCGGCGCCGUGUUUAGGAGCUUGGUGACAAAGUGGCAGUUGCGGCCGCUUACGACGGGAACGGGCACCGAGGUGGAUUUGGUGAUUCGGUUCCAGUUUGCGAAUCCGUUGUACUCGGCCGUCAGCGCGGCGGUUUCUGAAAAGGUGGCUGGCGUCAUGAUUGAGGCCUUCCAGAAACGGGUCAAGGCUGUUUUGGGUACUCCUAGACUAUAGUGAAGGGAUCUCACUCGGGAGCUCUCUGUGAAAGAGCUGUACAACAUAUAGACUAAUAGAAAGACAGGGCAAAGGGGUUAGAAGCAAAAGUCAACGACAGGUCAUAGUCAACAACCAACUAUAAAAUAACA